AUGGCAAUUUUUUAUAAUAAAAAUUUAAAUUCAGAUAAAUAUAAUUUAUAUUCUACUGAUAUAAAUAAGCAAAGAAUGAAGUGUAGAAUACAUUUUAGGUUUUUUAUUUUUAUUUUUAUUUCCUUAUGUUUAUAUGUAAUUUCUUUAUUAAAUAUACAUGAAGAGAAUAUAGUUCCAUCCACAAAAUAUAUUGAAAUAUUAUCACGAAAUUUAUCUGAAUUUGAAAAUGAAAAUAAUAAUAAUAAUAAUAAAUAAAGAAAUAAUACAAUGAGUCAUUUGGAUGAAACAAAUGAGAGUUCCAAAAAUUCAAAAAAUAAUAACCAGGUUCACAUUACAAAUAAACUCUACAAUGAUAUGUCAAAAAAGUUAACAAAAAAGAAAUUAUUUGAUAUCCUAAAUUCAUUAGACGAAUGUCCUCCAAAAAAUGAUCUUAUAAAUAUAUGGUAUCACACACUUCGUCUGGGAAACGGUUUUGGGAAUAUAAUAAUAGCGUUAAAGUUAUAAAAAGAAAAAGCGUUAGAAAAUGAUUGUUGUCUUGUGUGUUGUUGCCCUACAACUAAAGUUGAAGAUACAAGUAUAUGUACAGAAACUCAUUUUGCAUUUUAUAGAACUGUAUCCAAAGAAAUAAUUGAAUACAGUAAUAAGUAUUUUAUUUUAAUUAGUGUUGAUCAUACACUUGAAGAUAUAAUAGAUUUUAUUUAUUCAUUCUUAGAAAAUUUUAAGACAUUAAAAAAAGAAUUAUAUAAAAAACACAAAAAGGAACUUCUACGAACCAACUACAAAUGCCAUUAUUAA